AUGGCGUCGAAACUCACGAAAGCGCAGAAGAAGAUAGCGUACGAUGCCAAACUGUGUCGGCUUCUGGAUAACUACACCCAAAUUCUGGUCGUGGCUGCGGACAACGUGGGAUCCAACCAGCUUCAGAACAUUCGACAGGGCCUACGUGGCGACUCCGUGGUCCUCAUGGGAAAGAACACCAUGAUGAAACGCUCUGUUAAACUCCAUGCCGAGAGAACCGGCAACGAUGCCUUCCUCAACCUUAUUCCUCUUCUAGUCGGUAAUGUGGGGUUGGUUUUCACCAAAGGUGACGUGAAAGAGGUUAGCGAAGUGAUUGGCAAGUACAAGGUGGGAGCUCCUGCUCGUGUUGGGUUGAUUGCACCUAUUGAUGUUGUUGUUCCGCCAGGCAACACAGGGUUGGAUCCCUCUCAAACUUCUUUCUUCCAGGUGCUUAACAUACCUACCAAGAUUAACAAGGGUACUGUGGAAAUUAUCACCCCUGUGGAACUCAUUAGGAAGGGUGAGAAGGUGGGGUCUUCUGAAGCUGCAUUGCUUUCGAAGCUUGCGAUAAGGCCCUUCUCCUAUGGGCUUGUUGUGGUUUCUGUUUAUGACAAUGGUUCGGUGUUUAGCCCUGAGGUUCUUGACCUCACUGACGAUGACCUCCUUAAUAUGUUUGCUGCUGGUGUCUCCAUGGUCUCUUCACUGUCCUUGGCUAUCUCGUACCCAACAAUUGCAGCUGCACCACACAUGUUUGUCAAUGCCUAUAAGAACGUCCUCUCUGUUGCAGUGGCCACAGAAUAUUCGUUCCCCCAGGCUGACGAGGUUAAGGAGUACCUGAAGGAUCCUAGUAAAUUUGCAGUAGCUGUUGCCGCCGCACCUGAUACUGGUUCUGCUCCAGCCGAUGCCGCCAAGGAGGAGGAAAAGAAGGAAGAACCAGAAGAAUCUGACGAUGACAUGGGCUUUAGUUUGUUUGAUUAA